AUGGGUGCCGCCUGCUGUAAGCCAGAGGUGAGUGACUGCGCGGCGGCUCGAGCUGACAGCGUGGGCAAGGGAGCUUUCGGAAAGCACAAGCAGUCCAAGACGCUAUUCGCCCUCAAGUACAUCAACAAGGCGAAGUGCGUGAAGAUGAAGGCUAUCGACCACCCGUUCGUCGUGAACCUUCGGUAUGCGUUCCAGGACGACGAGAACUGUUUCUUCGUACUCGACCUGAUGCUGGGCGGCGACCUGCGCUUCCAUCUCGACCGGGCAGGCGCGAUGGCGGAGGAGGUUGUGCGGUUCUACGUCGCCGAGAUUGCCAUGGCGAUCGACUACUUGCACUCGAAGCGGAUCGUUCACCGUGACCUGAAGCCGGACAACAUUCUUCUCGACGAGCGAGGGCAUGCGCAUAUCACCGACUUCAACAUCGCCGUGCACUUCAGCGAGCGACGACUGCUGACCGGUGUCGCGGGAAGUAUGGCGUACAUGGCGCCCGAGGUGCUCACGAAGCGGGGCUACAGCGCGCCAGUCGACUACUGGUCUCUCGGCAUUCUCGCGUAUGAGCUGUUGUUCGCCAAGCGGCCGUUCCGGGGGAAGACCAACUCGGCGUUAACCAACUCGAUCCUGCACGAGCCGCUGUCAUGGCCGGAGGACGCGCCGACACGCUGCUCAAGCGAGGGCAUGCACGCGCUGCGGAGCUUCCUCGAGCGCGAUCCGAACAAGCGCCUGGGUUACCGCCCCGGCGGCGGCGGAUUCGAGGACAUCAAGGCGCACCCAUGGUUCGCGGGUCUGGACUGGGCAGCGCUCGGCCGGAAACAGGUCGUUCCGCCAUUCGAGCCCGACUCGAAGCGCGCCAACUUUGACGCGACGCACGAGCUCGAGGAGCUGCUGCUAGAGGAGAACCCGCUGAAAGCACGGAAGCGGAAGAAUGAUGGUGAGGGCGCCGAGCUCUCCCCCGAGAUGCGGAUGAUGGAGGACCAUUUCGCCGUGUUCGACUACACGCGCUCGCAACGAAGGAGCUACUACCGUCCCCCGCAGGGCAAACUCCCCGCCGCCGAGCGGAUAGAGAUGAAGCACCUCAGCCCCGACAGUGCGCGCCCGCACACGCCGAGCGACCACCCCAGCCACGUUGUUAGCGGCACAGGCGACCACAUCGAGGACCAGAUCAUGGAGGGCGGCGGGCUGCAGGGCGUCGGAUCAAGAGAUCCCGGGCGGCAGCUCGAUUCGCCCCGGCCCUCGCCGGCGCCGACACCGGCUCUGUCGCCCAUCAAUGGUGGCCCCGGGAGCCCGGACGGUGAGCGCGCACCAGCUCCCGUCGCUGGGUCCAGGUUCUAG